CACUAAUAAAGUUUCUCGUGUUUGAACCUCCUUCCUUUCGUUCAGCAAGAUGGCGGAAUACGACCUCACCGCCAAAAUCGCCAACUUUUUGGACCGUCACCUCGUUUUCCCUUUGCUGGAAUUCCUUUCUGUCAAAGAGAUAUACAAUGAGAAAGAGCUCCUUCAUGGUAAACUGGACCUCCUCAGUGACACCAACAUGGUGGACUUUGCCAUGGAUGUGUACAAAAACCUGUUUCCUGACAAGGAGAUUCCAAACUCCCUGCGAGAGAAGAGGACCGAAGUUGUGGCUCAGCUGAAGCAGCUUCAGGCAGAGACUGAGCCCAUUGUUAAGAUGUUUGAGGAUCCGGAGACCACCAGGCAGAUGCAGUCCACUCGGGACGGCCGGAUGCUCUUCGACUACUUGGCCGAGAAGCACGGUUUCCGCCAGGAGUACCUGGACACCCUGUACCGCUACGCCAAGUUUCAGUACGAGUGCGGGAACUACUCGGGGGCCGCGGAGUACCUCUACUUCUUCCGUGUCCUGGUUCCCGCGGCCGACAGGAACGCCCUCAGCUCGCUGUGGGGGAAGCUGGCCUCUGAGAUCCUGAUGCAGAACUGGGAGGCGGCUAUGGAAGACCUGGGCCGGCUGAGGGAGACUGUCGAUAACAAUUCGGUGAGCUCCCCCCUCCAGUCGCUCCAGCAGAGGACCUGGCUCAUCCACUGGUCCCUCUUUGUGUUCUUCAACCACCCCAAAGGCCGGGACAACAUCAUUGAGCUCUUCCUGUACCAGCCACAGUACCUCAACGCCAUCCAGACCAUGUGUCCGCACAUACUGCGCUACCUGACCACGGCGGUCAUCACCAACAAGGACGUGCGCAAACGCAGACAGGUGCUGAAGGAUCUGGUCAAGGUCAUCCAGCAGGAGUCCUACAUGUACAAGGAUCCGAUCACGGAGUUUGUGGAGUGCCUCUACGUCAACUUUGACUUCGACAGCGCGCAGAGGAAGCUGAGGGAGUGUGAGUCGGUAUGUCUCGUUUUCUUGUCAUUAUUCGUUCUCCUCCACGUAGGGUUGCAAAAUCCUGGAACUUUGUCCUUUAAUUCCCAUAUAUCCCCUUCAAUUCCCAUGGAAAGUUUCCAGUUUGGAAUAUUUCCAAAAUUCCCCAUGGAAUGGAAAGUUUCUGGAAACUUCUGGCUUUUCAACCCCCCCCCCCCAUGGCAUGAAAUGAGGUUAUUUCCAAGCGGGAUGUUUUUUUUAAGAAUAGUCAGCAUGACGAGCGACGGCGAGGCGAACCUCCUCGCUGGCAUCACGGUGACGUUCGGAGGCUCCGACCAGCGCGAGACGGACGCGGCCUGCUGGGCUGUGGCUCACAGCAUGCUGGCGGACAAGCUGAACAUGACACCCGAGGAGGCUGAGAGGUGGAUCGUCAAUCUCAUCCGCAACGCCAGGCUGGAUGCAAAAAUAGACUCCAAACUGGGACACGUGGUGAUGGGAAACAACGCGGUAUCGCCGUACCAGCAGGUCAUCGAGAAGACCAAGAGUCUCUCCUUCCGGAGCCAAAUGCUGGCUGUGAACAUCGAGAAGAAGCUGAGCCACAGUAACAGAAACGAGACACCAAACUGGGCUACCCAAGAUUCUGGUUUUUAUUAAGUAAAUGUAGAAGGACCGCCGAUUAAAUUCCUCUCAAACUGCGUCCUGGAACUGCAAAUAAAAAUGUAUUUUGCAAUUUAUUAAAGCCUUGUGGUUUAAUAAA